AUUUCACCAAGCUGUUGCAUAUAGGACAAUUUACAUUAAAGAGGUUGUGGCUUAGUAAUGAGAGGGACACGGAGAGAAUUAUUGGGUGGGUGGGAAAAUGAGAGGCCAUCUUUUAGCUGCAGAGCCAAGUUGUGUCAGAAAAAAUAAUAGUAAAUAAUAAAUAUUGUAUGAAUCAAUCAAAAAGAAUCUGGUCCCUCAAUGGCUCAUUCUAAAAUGCCUAACUUUGCCUCACUCUAUUUACAAUUUGAUUGGAGGAUUUUAAGCCUCACAAAUAGUUCGAACCCGAAGCUGAACCCGAACUCGACAUACGUAGGCGAGGAGAUGAAUAUGUAGUCCCAUUGAUGUAGACUCCUUUCCCCCUUUGCUUGUACAAAAGAUGUUCGAAACGGACUCGAACCAAACCGAAAACGGAAAGAGAAUUCGACUCGCUCUCAUGCGGUCCACCCUCGAGCCCCGCGCAAGUCACAAUUCUAAGUUAGAGAGCCAAAGAUUUCAAUAAGGUUGAUGUUUACUUCAUCCCAGCCUAGACCUUCUCUCUAUAUUACACACUUCAUUGAGAAAUUGGUGGUGUCUAUCUACAACUCUCUUCACUUUGAUUAAGAUCAUAAAGGAAAUGGCUGUUCACCAUUCUCUUGCACUCACUGAUGCUUCUUGUUCCGACGAUGAUCGCGACAUGCGAACCGUGAACUCAACCAGGGACAAUUUGGACAUGCAUAGCCCAUAUAAUCACCGCGGUGAUCGGGUCCGGCGUGUUGUCUCUCGCGUGGAGCGUCGCGCAAUUGGGUUGGAUCGGAGGCCCCGUUUCGAUGCUUUGCUUUGCCAUAGUCACCUAUGUCUCUGCCUUUCUCCUCUCAGAUUGCUACAGGUCCCCUCACCCUGUAACCGGGGCAAGAAACCCCUCCUAUAUGGAUGCUGUUAGGGUAAACUUAGGGAAAAAGCAAACAUGGUUGUGUGGGCUACUUCAAUACUUGAGCAUGUAUGGGACUGGUAUUGCAUAUACAAUCACAACUUCAACUAGUAUGAGGGCAAUUAAGAAAUCAGACUGCUACCACAAAGAAGGGCACGAAGCGCCGUGCGCGUACGGAGAUAACUUCUACAUGCUCAUGUUUGGACUUGUUCAGAUAGUCUUCUCGCAGAUACCGGAUUUCCACAACAUGGCGUGGCUCUCUAUUCUCGCCGCGAUCAUGUCGUUCUCUUAUUCCUUCAUUGGAUUCGCACUCGGGAUCGCCAAAGUCAUCGGUAAUGGAAGAAUCAAAGGGGGCAUUGGAGGGAUUCAUGUGGCAACUCCAGCUCAGAAAGUGUGGAGAGUUUCUCAAGCACUCGGAGACAUCGCAUUCGCCUAUCCGUACUCCAUAAUCCUCCUCGAGAUAGAGGACACACUAAAGUCGCCACCGCCCGAAAACAAAACUAUGAAGAAAGCAUCGAUGAUCUCCAUUUUUAUCACCACAUUCUUCUACCUUUGUUGCGGGUGCUUCGGCUAUGCCGCAUUUGGGGAUGACACACCGGGGAACCUUCUAACUGGAUUCGGGUUCUACGAGCCGUAUUGGCUUAUCGACUUCGCUAAUGCAUGCAUUGUUCUUCAUCUUAUCGGCGGUUAUCAGGUCUAUAGCCAACCGGUGUUCUCAUUCGUAGACAGAUGGUUCUCAGCGAAGUUCCCCAAUAAUGGAUUUGUGAAUAACUUCUACAGAAUAAAAUUACCACUUCUACCACCUUAUAGAUUGAAUCUGCUGAGGCUCUGCUUCAGAACCUUGUAUGUUGCAACCACAACAGGGCUUGCCAUGUUCUUUCCUUACUUCAACCAAGUGUUGGGUUUGUUGGGGGCCUUCAAUUUUUGGCCAUUGGCUAUUUACUUCCCUGUGGAGAUGUACUUCAUACAGAGAAAGAUUGAACCAUGGACAAAGGGGUGGAUUGUAUUGCAGAGUUUUAGUGCUGUGUGCCUCCUUGUUAGCAUAUUUGCUCUGGUUGGCUCAGUGGAAGGAGUUUUAGCUGAGAAACUAAGUUAGAAGGAACCAUUUUGCAUAAAAUUUUCUUUCCUUCCCCCUCUUUUUUUGUGUGUAAGUGAUGAGAAGUGAGAGGUAAGAAGAGCCAGGAAUCAUAGGGUUGGUGGUGAAUGAAAGGCUUACAGAUGUAAUCAGCUCUUUCUGUACAUUUUUCUCAGAAAGAAAAUCAAGGAAAUCGGAAGUUCUAUACAUGUAAUGUAAUAUACCAUGUACAUCCCUUUUUUUUUUUGGUUUAAUGGGAAAAUAUCUAGUUUGUACAUUUA